AGUUCCAGUCAUGUGAACGCGGACUAAAACAAAUCCGAACAACGACGUAUCUGAUCGCCGCAACGUUCGUUUUGAUCCGUCAGCCACCGACUGCCCCAGACACCGGUCUCCUCGGUAUGGCGGACGAGGAGCGUUCCCCGUUGUUGUCUAACCAAUGCGACGGGACAAACGGCAUAUCUCCCGGCGGUACCGUGUAUGGGUUCAAACCACAAAGUUUCCCCCCGUUCCCCAGCCCCUCUGCCCCGCCCCUGCUGGGGGAGGAGGAGCCCCCGCCCCCCUACUCCCCCCAGGGCAGCCCGGGCAGUGCCAGCGGGCCUGUGAUCAGUUGCAGGGUGUGCCAGGGGGCCAUCAGCGUGGAGGGGAAGGCCCACCAGCACGUCAUCAAGUGUGGCGUCUGCAACGAGGCCACGCCUAUAAGGAACGCCCCCGUGGGGAAGAAGUACGUCCGCUGUCCCUGCAACUGCCUGCUCAUCUGCAAGGUGUCCUCCCAGAGGAUCGCCUGUCCCCGGACCUACUGUAAGCGGGUCAUCAACCUUGGCCCAGUGCAUGCUGGGAGAGAGAGUCCUGAGCCGCAGCAGCCUGCAGGAGUUAGAGUGAGCUGUGGACACUGCAGCAACACCUUCCUGUGGACGGAGUUCACGGAUAGGACAUUGGCUAGGUGUCCACACUGUCGGAAAGUCUCUUCGAUUGGUCCUCGGUACCCCAGGAGGCGGGGCCUGUGGUGUUUCUUCCUGUUCCUGGUUCUAGCUGCUUCCUCAGCAGGACUGAUGGUGGGAACAUGGCGCUCGGCUCAGCAUAACAAAGGGAUCUAUGCCUCCUGGGCCCUCAUGGUUCUGUUGGCUGUUUUCUGUCUGGCUAGAACCUUCUACUGGGCCUGUCUCCGGAUCAGCCACCCCCUCCAGAACUCCCCGUAGCAGGACAAAGCUUCAGUCUCUAUUAUAUAUAUGAAUUAUAUGUAUGAAUAUUCUGUUAGAAUAUAGUCGAAGUCAGGUGGCUGAGUGGUUAGGGAAUCGGGCUAGUAAUCUGAAGGUUGCUGGUUCAAUUCUCGGCCGUGUCUAAUGACAUUGUGUCCUUGGGCAAGGCACUUCACCCUACUUGCCUCGGGGGGAAUGUCCCUGUACUUACUGUAAGUCGCUCUGGAUAAGAGCAUCUGCUAAAUGACUAAAUGUAAGUGUAGAUUAACUGGGUUGGUCAAAAAACAUACACAGAACUGGGUAAUUGUUUUUAGGGUUUACUUUCAUUUGGAUACAUUUUUUAACAAAGUAAUUUUUAUUACUCUAAUAUGGACUAAAUAACUGAGCCGUGAUACGUUGCUGUACAGCUGUAGAUCUCUAAACGCGCUCCUUGACCACUACCGGCGGUAUUCCUGAUUCUGAUAGCUGAUUUAGCUGAAUCAUGUUAGACACAGUGGUUCUGAUAGCUGAUUUAGCUGAAUCAUGCUAGACACAGUGGUUCUGAUAGCUGAUUUAGCUGAAUCAUGCUAGACACAGUGGUUCGCAGCUCUGGUAAUGUUCUAGACGUUUCCCUGCUCCAACACACCUGAUUCAGAUGAACGGGUCGUUAUCAAGCUCAGCAGAAGCCUGGUGAUGAGUCGUUCAUCUGAACCAGGUGUGUUGGAGCAGGGAAACAUCUAGAACGUGCAGGACAGGGGGGCUGGAGGACCAGGGCUGAAGACCACUGCUCUAGACACAGGUGGAGUAAAACCCUACAGGAGGACAUUUCAGCAGGAUCAGGUUUGAAGCAGGGGCGGAGCCAAGGGGAGGAGCCAAUGGGAGGGGCCUAGGACCACUCAUUUACAUUCCCCACAUUUCUGUUUGCUUUAAAAAAAUAAAAUAAUUGUAAUAUAUAUAUACUGUACAUAUACUUUUUUCUUUUUUGCAACCCCUUCAUUUUAAGAUGGGACCCCAAAAUAUAACAUUCUAUAUUUGGAGAUCCCUGUUAGAUGUCAGAACAACACUGCUGUUCUUCUAAUGUAAAAUAUUACAACUGUUGUCGUGAGUCUUUUGUAAAUUGUGAAACUAAAACACCUUUAACGUGUU